AUGGAGCAUUCUGAUAGUAGUAUGGAUCCUGUGUUAUAUCAGUCCAAGAAACUUGAUUCAGAUACUGAAACUCCUGAAGGAUCUGAUGAGGUAAAUGAUUCUCCAAUAGAGGAAGUCCGCCUCACAGUGCCAAUUACAGAUGAUCCAACACUGCCAUGCUUGACAUUCCAGACAUGGGUCUUGGGGAUCCUUGCUUGUAUUUUCCUGGCAUUCUUGAAUCAAUUUUUCGGGUACCGCCAAAAUGUCUUGUCUUUGACGUCAAUUUCUGCCCAAAUUGUAGUACUUCCACUAGGAAAGCUCAUGGCAGCAUCUCUGCCAGAAAAAACUCUUAAAAUUCCUGCAACCAAUUGGUCAUUUUCGUUGAAUCCUGGGCCAUUUAAUUUGAAAGAGCAUGUACUGAUCACCAUAUUCGCCAAUUCAGGCUCGAAUACUGUUUAUGCUGUGAUAAUUAUUACUAUAGUGAAGGCUUUCUAUGGUGGGCAACUUCACCCUCUUGCGGCCAUGUUGUUAGCCCAGUCCACUCAGAUGCUUGGAUAUGGAUGGGCUGGCAUUUUUCGAAAGUUUCUAGUUGAUUCACCAUACAUGUGGUGGCCUUCCAAUCUGGUUCAAGUCUCUCUCUUUAGGGCUUUGCAUGAGGUUGAGAUUAGGCCAAAGGGAGGUGUAACAAGGCUGCAGUUCUUCCUUGUUGUCCUCGUCUCGAGUUUUGCAUACUACAUUGUCCCUAAUUAUCUAUUUCCAUCUAUUACUGCUCUUUCCUUCAUGUGUUGGAUAUGGAAGGACUCGAUCACUGCCCAACAAAUUGGCUCUGGUCUCAAUGGCCUUGGCCUUGGCUCAUUUGCCUUAGAUUGGUCUACUGCAGCUAGUUUCCUAGGAAGUCCCUUAGCCACCCCGGGUUUCGCUAUCAUAAACAUAAUGACUGGUUUCUUCAUAGUUGUCUACAUUGUAAUCCCUAUUGCUUAUUGGACUAACUUAUAUGAAGCCAAGCGAUUUCCAAUUGUCUCAGCAGAUGUGUUCGAUGCUGAUGGGGGCUCGUAUAAUGUCUCGCGAGUUCUGAAUUACACAACCUUUGAAUUCAACCAACAAGGAUAUGAUGGUUAUAGCAAGAUUAAUUUGAGUAUCUUCUUUGUCUUCACUUAUGGUUUGAGCUUUGCAACAUUGGCAGCCACACUAUCUCAUGUUGCACUCUUCCAUGGAAGAAGAAUUUGGCAACAGGCAAAAGCAUCAUUGCAAGAUCAGUUUGAUGAUGUCCACACAAGGCUGAUGAAGAAAAACUAUGACCCUGUCCCUCAAUGGUGGUUUUACACACUCUUGACAUUGGUGAUUGGGCUUGCCAUGGCUGCUUGUGAAGGCUUUGGCAGACAACUGCAGCUUCCAUACUGGGGAAUCCUACUUGCAAUUUCUUUGGCUUUGCUCUUCACCCUCCCUGUUGGUGUGAUUACAGCUACCACAAACCAGCAACCAGGACUAAACGUCAUCACUGAGAUGAUUCUCGGCUACAUUUACCCCGGAAAACCUCUUGCAAAUCUGGCCUUCAAGACAUAUGGAUCCGUAAGCAUGGGACAGGCUAUCAUGUUUCUCUCUGAUUUCAAGCUCGGCCAUUACAUGAAAAUCCCUCCCAAGUCCAUGUUUGUUGUUCAGCUGGUGGGAACAGUAAUAGCAUCCUCAGUCUACUUUGGAACAGCUUGGCUGCUUCUAACCUCAAUCGACAACAUAUGCCACCCUUCUCUAUUGCCAGAAGGGUCCCCAUGGACGUGCCCAGGGGACAGAGUUUUCUACAGCGCCUCCAUCAUUUGGGGUGUGGUUGGCCCCCUCCGCAUGUUUGGCCGCCUUGGUCUAUACGCCAAGACGAACUACUUCUUCCUCAUAGGCAUUCUUGCACCAGUGCCAGUGUGGCUCCUCUCUCACCUUUUUCCUGAGAAAAAAUGGAUAAAACUUAUCAACAUGCCCAUCAUCAUAGGGGGCGCUUGGGCUAUGCCAAUUGCCAAGGCAGUGAACUACUGGUGCUGGGGUGCUGUGGGGAUUUUUUUCAACAUUUUUGUGUACAGGAGAUUCAAGGGGUGGUGGGCUAGGCACAACUACGUUCUAUCAGCCGGGUUGGAUGCUGGAGUGGCUUUCAUGGCCAUACUCUCCUAUUUCACACUGCAGGUUAAAGACAUCAAUGGGAUGAAGUGGUGGGGUUUGGGUAUAGAUGACCAUUGCCCUCUGGCUCAUUGCCCCACUGCCCCUGGUAUAAAGGUUGAAGGAUGCCCUGUUUUUAAUUGA